AUGGCUUGUCCAUUGUCAGACGCCAUAUCGGAUUGGUCCCAGGAGCAGAAGAAAGAGCAGGAUGCAACUGGUGCCUACAACUCGGCCGAUGACAGUGGCGAUGAUCUGUUCAAUGAUAUCCACGAGACACAGGCUACCCUACCGCUUUCCCGCCCGUACGGCCAUGGACCCUCAAUCUCGUACAGAGACCUGAAAUCACAGAUUUCCUCACCGGCUCGGCACGUCACUCAGCCAACACAAAUCCUCGACACACCUGUUGCACGACGAACAGAUCCGUCGUCCGUGGUACAAGUCGCAGCAUCUUCGCCAACCCACUCGCCUGCCCCGCCCUCACCUGCACCGCCGAGGAUGUCCUUAGGUUAUGCAAUGGCCCCUCCAGGGACAUCCUUCCGACCAUUCGCGGCGGCACCACCACCUCGGCCCCCUCCGAUCCUCAGCGACUCGCCAGUGGAGCACUACUCGUCUGAUGAUGAUGUUACCAUCACUCGUGCAAACAUCAAACCUACGAGCUUUACAAGUGGUGGCCGAUCACAAGCGAUGAGAGCAGCGGACGCGCAAGACAGUUCAAUUGGCCGCAUGCAGGAACUCGCAUCUAAGUACACGUACGACGAGAAAGUGUCCAACCAGCUGCGCCCUCAGAAGCGCACCACCGAUGACAUGGCGAGUGCAUACGCGAAUUCCGGCAGGCCCAAGAAACAGCCUCGCCAAACUGGGCCAUCUCGUGCGCAGCCGGUUGCGCCAGAUAUGUCUCUUCAAGAUAUUGGCGACCUUGAAGUCCAAAGGAAAGUUGGGAGGAUGAAGAGCGUUUAUCCGCAGAAGAGAAUAAUAGAGCUGCGAGAUGCGCUCAUGAUCAAGCGUGGCAACGAGGAAGACGCGCUUGAGUUUAUAGCAGGACUCGAGGAGGCAGUGAAUGACAAGCAGCCUAUUGACCUCACAACGUCUGACGACGAGCUUGCUCCAGAUAAAUCAGCGGUUGCUGCACCGAAGCCGACCGCCAAACGCCACGUCAAGGCACCCAACAUGAGCAUUAAGGACAAAUGGAGCUCAACUCAGCAUGUUGCUCAACAAGCGCCUGCAAAGGCACUUCCAGUAGGCUCGUCACCACUACCGGCAACGCCACCGAGGCCAAGGCGGAGACUUGUUCAAGGCCGGCGCGUACCUUCGAGUCCAUCACCUCCCGCCUCGCCUAUCGCUCCGGCGCCACCAGUACAGAAGCCAGUCCCAGUCAAGCACAAGGUCAUCUGUUUGGAAUCAGACGAAGAGCCUGAGUUUUCUGACUCUGGUGUGUCAUCGGCUUCUGACGUUGGAGAGGAGAAUACGUCAGAGCUCGAGGAAGGGCUCUUGAAAUUCAUCAACUCCUGCUCAGCGGCAGAACUUGCGGAUUUGUCACAUCAGAGCCCAGACGUUGCUGCGGCCAUCAUCGCCGCGCGACCGUUCAGAUCUCUGGGACAAGUGCGAGCGGUUUCUGUUGAUGCGCCACCGGUGCCUCAAAGAGGCAAGCAAAAGACGACGAGAAAACUUACCAGCGAUAAGGUCGUGGAUAUCUGUUUGGAGAUGUGGACUGGUUACCAAGCUGUAGACGAGCUUGUAUCAAGAUGCGAGAAGCUCGGUGAGCAGAUAACGACCGAGAUGAAGAAGUGGGGUUUCAAUAUCUUCGGGAUCGCCAAGGGAGGAGAGCUUGAGCUCACGAGCUUAGACGAUGCCCAGAGCGAUUCGAGUUCACUCCGGGAUUCUGGCAUAGGCACACCCUCAAGUACCACCGCUGAUGAGGACGACGAUGCCGACGUCAAGAUCGUUGAGCCGAGACGCGGCAAGACACAGCUCCUGAAGAAACCCGGGAUUAUGGCUGAGGACACUGAGCUGAAAGACUACCAGGUGCUGGGGCUCAACUGGCUUAAUCUACUGUGGUCAAAGAAGCUUAGCUGCAUUCUUGCAGACGAUAUGGGUCUCGGCAAGACGUGUCAGGUCAUUUCAUUCCUCUCGCAUCUCAAGGAGACUAGGGUCCGCGGUCCGCAUCUCAUCAUUGUACCCGGCUCGACGCUUGAGAACUGGUUGAGGGAGUUCAAAACCUUUUCGCCCUCGCUUGUUGUCGAGCCUUACUAUGGAUCGCAGAAAGAGCGGGCCGAUCAGCGCGCUCAACUCGAAGAUGACAUCAGGAAGAUCGAUGUUAUCGUAACAACCUAUGACAUAGCACGACCGCCCGACGACAACAAGUUUCUGCGUCGCAUCAAACCUACUGUCUGCGUGUAUGACGAAGGGCACAUGCUCAAGAACAGUAUGUCCGCGCGAUACACGCAGCUCAUGAGGAUCCCCGCGCAGUUUCGACUUCUUCUCACAGGCACGCCGCUGCAGAACAACCUCCAGGAGCUGGCAUCUCUCCUAGCGUUCAUCAUGCCCGAUCUCUUCGCAGAGCGCCACGAAGACCUCGCCUACAUCUUUAAGUACAAGGCCAAAACCACAGAUGCCGAUCACGCCAGCCUCCUGUCCGUUCAGAGGAUCGCCCGUGCCAGAUCAAUGAUGACGCCCUUUAUCCUUCGACGCAAGAAGCAUCAAGUCCUCAAGUACCUGCCUACGAAGACGCGCCGCGUUGAGCGCUGCCCCAUGACUCCCGAACAACAGGAGAUCUACAACGAACAUCUGAGUGAGCAGCGCAAGAUCCUUGCGGACCGCGCCGCCGGCCGCCCGAACAAGAACAACGCGAACAACAUGAUGAAGCUCCGGCAAGCAGCCAUCCAUCCUCUGCUCCUUAGGCAUAUUUACGAUGACGAAAAAAUCCGUAAGAUGUCACGUGCAUGCAUCAAGGAGCCUGAACUGAGCAAGUCCGACCCGAACGUCGUGUUCGAGGAGAUGCAGUUCUAUUCCGAUUGGUCACUGCACAAGCUCUGCGAGAAAUACCCGAAGACGCUGAAGAGAUACGCGCUGCAAAACGAAGAGUGGAUGCGGUCCGGCAAAGUGCAGAAGUUGGCCGAGCUGCUGAAAAAGCACGUCAAGGAUGGAGACCGCACCCUGAUCUUCAGCCAGUUUACGAGCAUGAUGGAUAUUCUGGAGCAGGUGCUCGAGACGCUGGAUAUCCAAUUCUUCCGCCUCGACGGCGCGACGCCGAUUAGUGAGCGCCAGGACAUGAUUGAUGAGUUUUACGCAGAUGAUAGCAUUCCGGUUUUUAUGCUGUCGACCAAGUCUGGAGGCGCGGGCAUCAAUCUGGCGUGCGCGAACAAGGUCGUCAUCUUUGAUUCAAGCUUCAAUCCGCAGGAAGACGUCCAGGCGGAAAACAGGGCGCACAGGGUGGGGCAGAAGAGGGAGGUGGAAGUUGUGAGGCUUAUCUCGACGGGCACGAUCGAGGAGCAGAUCUACAAGCUCGGCGAGAGCAAGCUGGCACUCGAUGAGAGGGUCGCUGGCGAAGCUGGGAGCGAGGAUAGUGCGAAGAAGGUGGAGAAGGAGGGGCAGGCGAUGGUAGAGAAGAUGCUGUUGGAAGAUAUGGAGCAGGAGAAGAGCACGGGUGACCUAAAAGAGGACUUUAAGAGCGGAAUGAAGAAGAAGGGAUUUGAUAUCUCGGCUGCUUGA